AUCUAAACAAUUUCAUAACCUCAAAUCCUUAUUUUCUUUAGUUAGUUAUUCAUUUUGUUAGCAGAACAAAUUCAACUUCUAUCACUGUUGAAUUGAAAAGUGAUUAAAAACUUUCCAAUAUAAUCCUACAAGAAUGCCUGCAUACGAGUUUGCUAUUAUGUUUCGGGCAAUGCCGAAGUCGGAACUGAAGACUGUUCUCAAAAGGGUUUCUCACGCUAUUUUUGACCGUGGUGGAAUCAUAAAGAAUAUAGAGAACUUAGGUUUCAAGCCAAUGCCUUACAAAACCAGUUCUCAUGGAUUAGUACAUCGUGAAGCAAAUUAUUUUGUGUUUAAAGUAGAUACGGCCACUCAAGCUGUUGCUGACCUGAAGGAGGAAUACAGUCGUGAUGUUGAUAUUAUUCGUCAGAGAGUUUAUAAGGCACCAAACGAUUCAGAAACCUCUCCUUGUACAUUUGAAGAAGAACUACUUCCUCCAGCUUACCGUGAAGAUGUCCAAAAGAUGAUCAAAAUAGGAAAAACUCAAGUCAAUCGCUUCACCCACAAGUUUAAAUACAAUUCUGGUUUGGACUACUAUCCAUUCCAGAAAUAACCUUAUUCAGUAUGUCAAAUUGUACAGUAGUUUAAUUAGUUAAAGUUAUCUUAUUUGCAAUAAAUGAAAGAUGCAAA